AUGAUUGCCCAUCUUCAUCUCUCGAAAUCUGGAUCUUUCACGGGAGAAUGGGAAGGGAUAUCAGUGGACCAGGAAGAACUCACAAAGACGAACCCCAAACCCACCAAAGAAACGUUAAACCAAUACAAAGCUCUCUCUUUCCACCUCAUAGCGGCAACAGCUGGGGCCCGAUUUAUUCGAUUCAAAUAUAACCCAAAGAAACCCGGUAAACUGAAAGAAAACCAGCUGGCGAAUAAGGAACUCUGGGAAAACCAAUCAGAAACGAAACUCGAUUUCAACCGCACUGACCCAGUCCAUACCGCAAGACCGAGCACGUCGUUGAAAAUUGGAAUCCCUUCUGCAAUCAGCCACGAUACAAUCCAAAUCACAGCGCAUAUGCCGGCCCACGCGGCCCGAGCCGUGAACGACCGGGUAUGCAUUGAAUUUGUACCUCGGAAGAUGCGGACGUAG